GUCCCCUUUCAGACUGUUUUGGUCUUUUCGCUGUUAGCAACGGAAAGAACCCGAGAUAGCUGUAAACCCUAUUUUGAAAUAAUCAAAAUUUUGUUAGGCAUGCGAAACAGAUUGACAAAGGGUGUAAAAUUCAUGUUUAUCUUGGAGUAGUGACUGGCGCACGUUGUCUUUUUUAAAUAUCUAUUUUUUUCAGUUUUAUUAGUAAUUGUACAGAUUGCUAAAUUAGCUAGCAACCUUAGCCAGCUAGCUUCUUAGCAUAGCAUCUUCCUAAGGAGGCACGUUGACAUUAGCCCGUUAGCACGGUGUCACACAACCAUACACCGUCUCAUCAUCAAGUAAUUGCGGUGUGAAGCUGGUCGUUUUAAGGCGCUGUCUUUUAUGGGAUCAUCAUGUCAAUGAAGGCCGGUGGAAAUCGCAGCAAGCCCGGCGGUGGCAACACCGCUGGUGCCGCCUCCUCUGGUGCCGGAGGAAGCGGCGGGGGAAGACAGAAUCUGGGCAGGGGACGGCACAGUGGUAAAGGUCCUGCAGCAGUUAUUUUUAGCGGUGUAUAUGCAAACAUGAGGAUGGUCCAUGUCUUGACGUCAGUUGUGGGGGCCAAAUGUGAGCUUAAAGUGAAAAAUGGAGCCAUCUAUGAAGGAGUAUUUAAGACAUAUGGUCCUGAGUGUGACCUAGUGCUGGAUGCUGCCCACAGAAAGAGUCCAGAGCCAAGCAUAGGUCCCAGGAAAGAGGAUAUUGUGGAGAGCAUCAUUUUCAAGGCCUCAGAUGUCGUAGUGGUGACCUUCAAAGAUGUAGACCUUAACUUCGCCAGAAAAGUCUCCUCUGACACAGACAACUUCACAGAUGCAGCAGUCAGUGGCAAAAUCAACGGUGAGCAUAAGGAGAAAGAUCUGGAGCCCUGGGAUGGAGGAGAGACCCAUAACUCCGACAGCCUUGAGUCUCUGGAUACUGAUGUGUCAAAUGGAUGGGACCCUAACGAUAUGUUCAAGUACAAUGAAGAAAAAUAUGGAGUCCUUUCCACUUAUGACAGCAGCCUGUCUACUUAUACGGUCCCAUUGGAGCGGGACAACUCAGAAGAAUUCCUUAAGAGGGAAGCACGUGCCGCGCAGCUGGCAGAGGAGAUUGAGGCCAGCGCCACAUACAAGGCUCGCGUGGCGCUGGAGAAUGAUGACCGCUCUGAAGAGGAGAAAUAUACUGCUGUAGUGCGAGGGGAGAGGGAGUCUCACACACUUAGUAGAGAGAACAAGUACAUUCCUCCAGGUCAGAGGAACAGGGAGGCGAUGUCUUGGGGUCCGGCACGUCAGAACUCACCACGUCUGGCUCAGAACUCGGCUGGACCCCCGAUUCCGCGACCAGGACCUCAUGACUACAGUCCCAGCUCCGGGGCAGACCAGAGGGUAGUUAAUGGAGGUACAUACCAUUGGCCCUCACCCUGUCCAUCUCCUUCCUCUCGUCCCCCCUCUCGUUACCAGUCUGGCCCCUCCUCUCUGCCUCCUCGGGCGACCACGCCCACCCGGCCACCAUCCAGACCCCCUUCUCGACCCUCCAGGCCUCCCUCUCAUUCAUCCCACCCCUCCUAUCCUACCUCCUCAUCCUCCUUUUCCCACCAUGGGCCCGCGUCGCCAGCAUCCACUCUGCCCAAACGCAUGUCUUCAGAAGGUCCACCUAGGAUGUCCCCAAAAUCCCAGAGGACACCUCGUACUCAUAGAGUGCCACCCUGCCGGACCACUGGCGUCCCUCCGGGAGUGGACUUAAUUUCCCACAAUACCCCUGGAGAGCUCCCAGUGUCUGCACCAACCAGGAGCAGCUCCUCUGGAGGGACAUGGUCCUCAGUAGUUAGCGGAGCCCACAGACCCCGUUCUCCCCGGCAGAAUAGUAUAAGUGGAUCUUCCUCUGGGUCCUCCUCCCUCUCAUCACCCCAGACAGGAGCAGCGCCUAUUGAAACAGUUGCUACACCAACGUCAGCUUCCUCUCCUACUGCUGCUAGCCCUGCCCCAAACAUAGUCACCUCCCCGUCAGGAGAGGCAAAAGAAUGUCGGGUUCAAGAGACAAGGCAAACAUCCCCCACUGCAAACAAGGAGAACAUUAAGCCCUUGGACAGCUCAUCUAGUAUCACCAGACCAGUCUGUAAAGGACCCCCAUCUAUGGCUCCAGAUCACAGAAAGCAAAUAGAUAAUUUGAAGAAAUUCAGUGUAGAUUUUAGGUUGCAGUCUAGUUCAAACACAGACCCUGCCUUUGACCAGAUGAUGACCAAGCCUCCCAGAGAUCAAGCAGACAAGCCCAAAGACCUUCCCUUGGACAAAACCUGUUCAGUGGGGCGGGAGGGCAUUGAGGAGGGUGUAGUGAUUGCUGCUGGCACCCCCGGUGGUGCCUCUGCCCCGUCAACAGCCACAAACACCAGUAAGCCUGGCAGCCCCGCUGCCCUAUCCCCGUCUCCUUCAGCCCCAGACCAGAAAAGGACAGGCCUGGAUGUGACGUCACAGGGAGUCCAGACGACAGCCACGUCCACAUUCAGUGGCCUCAAGCAGGAGGAGAAGGAGGAGAAAAAGGAGGCAGUACAAGAUCAAGUGAGAAAAUCAACCCUGAACCCAAAUGCCAACGAGUUCAAACCCAGGUUCACUACACAGCCAAAACCUUCCAACACCCCAACACCCCCUCGGCCUCAGGGCCAACCCAGCCCCUCCAUUGUGGUCCCACAGCCCCCAACUGUCUACAGCCAGACAGUCUGCUUCCCUCAGAUGUAUCCGCUCACCCCAGUCAGCCCAGGAGUGCAGAAAAGCAUAAUAUGGAAGUCUCCAGCUAUGUACCAGGUUCAGAUGCCACAUAUGGCGGUCAGCCAGUCUAAACCCUACAGACCAGGUAAAGUACCCAGCAUGCCCCAGCAGAGGUCAGACCAGCAUCACCCACCUGGCACGCCCACCAUGAUGCACUCAGCGACGGCAGCAGGGCCACCCAUUGUAGCACCAAGCCCGGCCUACUCUGCCCAGUAUUUCGCCUGCAGCCCACAGCAAUUUAGUCAGCCACUGGUCCAGCAGAUGCCACACUACCAGUCACAGGCACAGCAUGUGUUCAGCCCAGUAAUGCAGGGCAGUGCCAGGAUGAUGGCGCCUCCCACGCAUGGCCAGCCCAGCCUCGUCUCCUCCUCGACUACACAGUACCCAGAGCAGACACACACCAUGUAUGUGUCUCCAGGGCCAAUGCCUCAGCAGUACCCCCACCACAGUGCCACCUUGCACCCUCACCCACAGCACCCCCAACCAUCGGCCACACCCACAGGCCAAGCCCAGCAGGGUGGUCCCCCACAACACGGAGGUCCUAGCCACCCAGCUGCCAGCCCUGUGCAACACCCACAGCACCCGCAGGCAGCGGCAGCGGCAGCAGCAGCGGCCCAAGCUCUCCAUCUAGCCAAUCAGCCCCCUCAGCAGCAGAUGUACUCGGCCUUGGCCCCCACGCCUCCUUCUAUGACCCCAGGUCCCAACCCUCAGUCUCCCCAGGCAUCAUUCCCUUCUGCUCAGCAGACUGUCUAUAUACACCCUCAGCAGGUGCAGCAUGGCUACAACCCCAGCCACAUGGCACAUGUGCAGCAGGCUCACAUGCAGUCUGGUAUAGUGCCGUCUCACCAUCCUGCACCCACCCAUCCACCAAUGAUGCUGAUGGCUACCCAGGGGCCUCCAGGAGGUCCUCAGCCACCUAUGCCCCAGGCUUCCCUCAACCCCAUCCCAGUUUCCUCUACUACACAUUUCUCCUACCUGGCACAUCCACAAGUGCAACCUCAUCAUCAGCAGCAGCUGUAGGUAGGGGGCGCCGCCGAGAUUUGGGACCCUCUGUACCGUGCUCUUCCACCAGAGCCUUCAUAACCAGGAGACAAAGAGAACGAGAGCGCUUCCUCUCCUCGUCCUCACCAGACAUGCUUCACAUCGGCUUUUCUCCUCCCUCCCCUCCCCGACUAGGCAAUAAGAGAAUGUUAACAGGUUGAUGCAGUGACAUGUUUUUACAAGCUAGAGAUUUAAAUGGACAAGACUGCUCCUAAUCAGCCCCUGUUCUCUACCACACACACACAUACAACAAACACACUUCCAGGGGUCCCAAAUUGCAGCUUGAGUCAGCUUGCCAAGUAAAUGAGAGAAUGAGAGUAACUAAUCAGUGAGAGUGAAGAAGAAAAUUCAACUGGAACUUGUAUUUUGUCUGCACCUUGUUAAAGAAAAAAAAUCUUCCAACUUUUAGACAGUAUUAAUCUUACUGUUUAUUGCUGCUAUGUGCUGCGUUUGUUUCCAGACUAGUUUCUAACCAAACUAAACACAAAACACGACAAGAAGCUUCCUGUGAAACGAACACGUUUUGGCAGCCGAGUGGACAGGAGAAACGUUAUUUAUGAAACUAUAAUGGCUGAGGUGAUCAGAUGCCACUUCUCACCUGACCCUUAUGUAACUUUUAAGUUAAAACUUUUACUUUGUAGAUAAUAUAAAUAAUUUAAAAAAACCAGCAAAAAAAUUUAAAAACAAUAAAAAAAGUUUUAAAAACUGA